UUAUUGCUGAGAACGUUUGGGGCAAAAAUGAAAACUUGUCGAAUAGUUGGGGUGUAAAUGACAAAGGAAUCUCAAUAGAGCUAACUGUGCCAUGAAACAACUUGCUGUAAAACAAAAACCCCUUAGAAAUAAAAGUUUUGAAUGGGCUAAGGGAACAACGGAAUCUGGAUAUCGACAAAAUAUCAAAAAUGACAGUUCAAGUUAACAACUUCAUUAGAAAUGCAAAGCACUGUGGGUCCUUUCUGAAGACCAGGUACUUGAAAAGCAGUGAAGUUGUGUUAAACCUGUACAGAGGUUUGUUAGACAGCACUUGUGCACAUGUCUGGUCUCCUUCUGACAAAGAAAAAAACUGGAGAAGAUGUAAAAGAGAUUAAUAAAUAAUGUGAAGGGUUGCAGGAAGGACUGAACAGGCAGUGACUAUUUCCUCCAGCAACCAGUGGUGGACUGGAAAAGGGCGCCGGCAGGGAGAAGGCGGGUAUCCAGAGAUGUGGAGGGGCUGCUUCGUCUUUUGCAAAGAAAUGUGAGCCGGACCAACCGACAGAAGCGCCCAAACAUUACACACAGAGGCAGAGAGAGAGAGAGACAGAGAGAGAGGCUGCUUUCUGCUGGGAUUUCUGGAACGGGGAAGGGGGGGAAGAGAGCAAGGCUGCUCAACCCUCUGCAAGAUGCUGCCUACUGAGCUGCUUCAGGUUGCUGUAGGAGGAUACCGUCUCGUCCCUUGCCCCAGGCACCCGGGCAGUCUCUGCUCCCGCUAGCACUCCCUCCUUCCCCCACCCCCCACCCCCACCCUUCCCUUCCCUUGCCCAGGGCCGGAGCAACCCCCCACCCCCAGUUCCGGGGAACCAUGAGGCUGCCGCACCGCUACCUCCUCGCCGUCCUCUCCGCCGUUCACUGGUUCCUGGGCACGGCGCAGGAACAUGCCCACUCCAUCCGCCUGGAGGGCGACAUUAUCCUCGGGGGGCUCUUCCCGGUGCACUCCCGGGGCCAGUCCGGAGCCGCCUGCGGCGACAUCAAGAAGGAGAAGGGCAUCCACCGGAUGGAGGCGAUGCUGCACGCCGUGGACCAGCUGAACCGGGACCCCGAGCUGCUCACCAACAUCACCCUGGGGGUCCGCAUCCUGGAUACCUGCUCCCGGGACACCUACGCCCUGGAGCAGUCCCUCACCUUCGUCCAAGCCCUGAUCGAGAAAGACACCACCGACGUGAGGUGUGCCAGCGGCGAGGCGCCCAUCAUCACCAAACCAGACAAGAUCGUGGGAGUUAUCGGCGCUUCCGCAAGUUCCGUCUCUAUCAUGGUGGCCAAUAUACUGAGACUUUUCAAGAUCCCUCAGAUUAGCUAUGCUUCAACUGCUCCAGAGCUGAGUGACAACAGCAGAUAUGACUUCUUUUCCCGAGUGGUCCCACCUGAUUCAUACCAAGUUCAAGCAAUGGUGGAUAUUGUUACAGCCCUUGGAUGGAAUUACGUCUCAACUUUAGCAUCUGAGGGCAACUAUGGAGAAAGCGGUGUGGAAGCAUUUGUGCAGAUCUCAAGGGAGACUGGUAGGGUUUGCAUUGCUCAGUCACUGAAAAUCCCCCGAGAGCCAAAACCAGGCGAAUUUGACAAAAUCAUCAAACGCUUGCUGGAAACCCCCAAUGCUCGUGGAAUAAUUAUAUUUGCAAAUGAAGAUGACAUCAGCCGUUUGCUGGAGGCUGCCAAAAGAUCCAAUCAGACCAAGCACUUUCUCUGGGUCGGCUCUGACAGCUGGGGUUCAAAGGUCGCACCGGUGCACCAGCAAGAAGAGGUUGCUGAAGGAGCUGUCACCAUUCUUCCCAAGAGAGCAUCGAUUGAAGGCUUUGAUAGAUACUUCAGAAGCCGUACACUGGAGAACAACAGAAGGAACGUUUGGUUUGCCGAGUUCUGGGAGGAAAACUUCAACUGUAAAUUAAGCUGGCAUGGGAAAAGGAAUAGCAAGGUCAAGAAAUGCACAGGAUUGGAAAGAAUUGGAAGGGAUUCAUCGUAUGAGCAGGAAGGAAAAGUGCAGUUUGUCAUCGAUGCUGUGUACUCAAUGGCCCAUGCAUUACACAAUAUGCACAAAGAACUGUGCCCUGGUUAUGUUGGUCUCUGUCCCACAAUGAGCUCUGUGGAUGGCAAGGAGUUGCUGCGGUAUAUUCGAGCUGUAAACUUCACUGGAAGUGCUGGAACCCCUGUGACGUUCAAUGAAAAUGGAGAUGCUCCUGGACGAUACGACAUUUACCAGUAUCAGGUUUCCAAUUUCACCUCUCAUGAAUAUAAGGUUAUCGGACAGUGGACUGAUUACCUUCAUUUGAAUGUGAAGAACAUGCAAUGGAGCAGAGGAGAACACAGGAUUCCACAGUCAGUUUGCAGCCAACCAUGCAAGUCUGGUGAGAGAAAGAAAACCGUAAAGGGUGUGCCCUGCUGUUGGCAUUGUGAACGUUGUGAAGGCUAUCAGUACCAGAUCGAUGAGACAACUUGUCAAAUGUGUCCAUUUAAUAGGAAACCAAAUGCGAAUGGCACAGACUGCCAACCGAUCCCCAUAAUUAAGCUAGAAUGGCAUUCACCUUGGGCCAUAGUUCCUGUCUUCAUAGCUAUGCUUGGAAUUAUAGCCACCACAUUUGUUAUUGCAACCUUUAUUCGUUAUAACGACACACCGAUAGUAAGGGCAUCUGGCCGAGAGUUAAGUUAUGUCUUGCUGACUGGAAUAUUCUUGUGCUAUGCUGUAACCUUCCUAAUGAUUGCAACUCCUGACACAGUUCUUUGCUCUUUCCGACGCAUUUUCUUAGGACUGGGCAUGUGUUUUAGUUAUGCAGCACUGCUCACAAAGACUAACAGAAUUCACAGAAUAUUUGAGCAAGGUAAGACGUCUGUCUCUGCUCCGAGAUUUAUCAGUCCAGCUUCCCAGCUGGCAAUCACCUUUAGCCUAAUCUCUCUGCAGCUCCUGGGAGUCUUUAUCUGGUUUGCCGUUGAUCCUCCGCACACUAUUGUAGACUAUGGGGAGCAACGAACUGUUGAUCCAGAAAAAGCCAGGGGCAUUCUGAAAUGUGACAUUUCCGACCUUUCUCUCAUCUGUUCCCUGGGAUACAGCAUUCUGCUGAUGGUCACAUGCACUGUGUAUGCAAUUAAAACAAGAGGAGUCCCAGAGACCUUCAAUGAAGCCAAACCUAUUGGAUUUACCAUGUACACCACCUGCAUAAUUUGGUUAGCUUUUAUUCCAAUAUUUUUUGGCACAGCUCAGUCUGCAGAAAGGAUGUACAUUCAGACAACAACUCUUACUAUAUCCAUGAGUUUAAGUGCUUCUGUAUCUCUAGGCAUGCUGUACAUGCCUAAGGUUUAUAUUAUCAUCUUUCAUCCAGAGCAGAAUGUGCAAAAACGCAAGCGGAGCUUCAAGGCAGUGGUGACAGCAGCCACAAUGUCAAGCAAAUUGUCACAAAAAGCAAGUGACAGGCCAAAUGGAGAGGUCAAAACUGAACUCUGUGAAAGCCUUGAAACCAACACUUCUUCUACCAAGACAACGUAUAUCAGCUACAGCAACCAUGCAAACUGACUUGGCUAAGAUCUGAAGUAGUCUGAAGAGACUGCAUGUAUGAAAAUGAACCCUCGUGUCUCAUCAUUUGGAAAGUGCUCUGACUGUACUACCUGCUGUGAGGCUGAGGAAGAACAGCCGUCGACUACAUCAGAUGAGGUGUUCCCAUGUGUAUUCCAAGACACAGGUCUGAUGACGAGAAAACCUAAACAGGUCAUCGUGCAAUUGGCAGUUGUUUUGGCAAAGAAUGUCGGCCAGAGUGAACCCAUGCCUGUUGUUCUCCUUGUAAGUCUUGUGAUUGUGCAAUUUUUCAUUCUUGUUCAACUUAGUUUUGAAAGGCUUUCUCUGCCCUGCGUAAUACAAAACAAAAGGGCUUGUUGUGUGUACCAACUAGCUGGAUUGCAACACUGCGUGGCACUUAAACAAAUGCAAAGGUUGAAGCAUGUCGAAUUUUUAUACAACAGAUGUAUUUGUAAUAAAGGAAUGUUUUGCAAAUUCAGAGUUUUUUGAGUCACAGGUUCAAGUGUAAUUUAACGUGAAGUCUUCAUGCCUCCUGAAAAAGAGGGGGAAAUAAUUUCCUUCUCUCUUAUUUUAAGACCUGAUCAGCCACAGCAAAUGGACAUCAUCAAUGUGUACACUAGCAUUGACUACAGUCAGUUAUAAACUUGGUUACAUUUAGGAACUUAAGAUCAAGAGUAGGCUAGUCAGUCAGUCCCUCGAACCUGUUGACCAUUCAUUUAGAUCAUGGCUCAUAGCUCAUUUAUGGUUUAUGGUUUGGAAGAUCGAAGACUUAGUAAAGACUAUAUAACAUACAUUUUCACUUUCGUUUUUGGCACAUUUGCAAAAGGUCCUGUCUUUGCUAAAAAUUAUUGAAAAUGACCACAGCAAUUUGAGACAUCAGUUUCCUCCAAACUUCAACUUGUUUAACAAUAUGGUGCGAUUUUUCCAUUAAGCUUUUAUUUAAUUUUUACAUGCAUUGGAAGGCAGCUGAGAAGAACCAAAAAGAAACAUCAAAUAAAUACAGUAAUAACUUACAUGUAUAUAAUAUCUUUAACCUAGUAAAAGAUCCCACAAUAUUUUAGAGAGCACAAUCCAGCUGUCAGACUGCUCUAAAAAGCAGAAAUAUAACCAUCAAAACCGUGGUGACCACAGUAUAAGUGCAGUGCGCAUUCACAUGCAGGCCAACUAAACAAUUGGCCUGACUAUCACAGAUAGAAACAAUGUAGAAUGAACUGUAGUGUCCAGGGUGAAUAAUAAGUGAUGGACUAUAUAGUUGGGCAUCAAAAUAUACUUUUCUCUGUAACAACAUCUAAACAUGUGGCACAUUCACACCAGUACCUCUGUGGCUGUGCUACUGAGCAUAAGAGAACCAUACGUAGACUUCAAUAAUGAGAGUAUCACUGCUUUGAGCUGUAGAAAUGGAAUUAAUUCAAGGCAUCUUCAGUCAUAUAUUUAUGAUCACCAAAACUGAUUAGAUGUCCCAAAAUUGUUUUGGUUACAAUUCUACUUUGCUUAAAUCUGAUAACUUUAGAACAUUUUGUUGUUGUCAUUUGAAUGCGUUAAAUCCUGCAAAGACUUAGCAAGGUUUUGAAGAAUAGAGGAGAGACAUCAGCAAAACCACAAAAAAGGUUCCUCACCCAGUAUCAGCUGAAGCUACCCAGGACACAAGCACACAGUCGAUCUUAAAAAUACAUUGCUUUAGGCUUUGCUUACUGAAUUAGGAUCAAAUGGGCAUCUGCCUUUCUCUAGGAAAAUACACGCGAGGAAAGAACAAAUUAUAUUUCUGGAUUAAUGUAAUAUUGCAUUAAGCACUCAGCUGCAACAACAGAAAGGAAUGGGUUGUAUUUUCAAAUGGAAUUUAUAAAGUUUACAAGCUCAAAGCCUUUCAUCCAUGUAAUGAAUGCUUCACAGUUUUAUUGUGGCACAAAACAGAAUGAUAAGCAACUCGCAGUGCGAUCCACUUUAUGUUUAUUCCCUUAUUUCUCCAGUCAGUGCUCCCAUCUGACAAGAGCCUACUAGUUCCACUUGGCAUUGUACACACAUUUCCACACUUCUUAAGAGAAUAUGCAUUAGUCAUAAUCAUUCCUAGCAUGACACUGACAGUAUAAGUUCUGCAUGAAUUUUGGUGGCGCGCUAGCAACUAAUUCUAUAUGGUACAUGGUUUACACUGAGCAACAUUGUGAAACUGGUGAAUGUAAGCAGUGGUGGUGGAGUGAUCCUAUGUUAACAAGGUGUGUACUGGAAUGUAAAUGGCUUCCAGUUUUGAUUUCUUUAUUACAGUGGAUCCCUAAAAAAAAUUAACUCCACUUACCGAAGAAAAAGUUGACCCUUAAAAGGCACUCAAUACUAGUUGGGUGGGCAUGGCAUCCAGACACUGCACUUAAAAUGUUGUACCUGCAGUCUGUUUGCCUUUAACACAUUGAUUUGAGACCUGCUCAGGGGGUAUAGUUUGGGUGAGAACAACUAGCCUGACUAAAACAAGUCAGGCACCUUUUGGUGGCCGUGUACACUAUUUUAAUGGGAGGGUGGUAGUGGGGUUUGUAUGGAAAAGGCUGCAAGGGAGUCACUCUGCCUCAACUAAUGACAGAUCAGCAGUGAACACUGCUACAGUGAGGGCCAAUAUCCAGUUUCGCCUUCCUUCCUAAAUGGGAGGUUAGCAAAAAGGAGGUGAAGAAAAUUGAAAUGAGUUGAUCACAAGUAGGUUCCACUGUAAUUGAUCUUGUUGAUAUCAUUUGUUAAAGAAAGAUUGAGUAAAUACCCUGAAAUGUUUCUCCUGUAUUCAUCUGGUAUUUUUUAUUGAAAUUAAUUGACUAAAAGUUAUUGAAUUUUUA